AUGCUCAAUUAUAAUGACGAUGAGCAGACGCUCCUCCAGUUCUACUGCACCGGUUCCCUCGACCUGCCUGUGGCUACAUUGCCCCUGGCGAUAUCGGCAAAAGGAGCCAGCGACACGCAAGGACUCGAAACCUUGAACCCCGCCGAGCAGUACGACGUGCUCAACCAGUUUCUUACGGCGGCAAACUCUCUGUAUGGACGCCUCUCGCCUGUGCAUGACUUCCAGGACCCUUUGAGCGGGGAAAACGUCGCUAAAUUGCUCGUCAGAAAAGGCGUGGUGGAGUCCGAAGCCGACCCGCAGCUUCAGAAGUUCCUAGUUUCCUCCCAGGAAUUCAACCCCCAGGCAUAUCUUUCAGUUGUUCACGAAAACACGCAGAUCGAACAUCUCGUCGCGUCACUUGACGGGCUAGACACAAGCAUUCGCCGCCAGACCUCGGAUUUGAAGGCCGUGUUGGACGAAAACUUUGAGGACUUUCUCUCAUGCAAACGGUCCAUCGAUGAGAUCUUGGCCUCUUUCCGGGAACUGAAGCUGAAAGCCCAGAAGGACAUGGAGAAGUCGAAGGUAUUCAAUCCGUCUGCACAGAGAAACAGAACGAAACUCGAGGCUGGUGAAUCACUACUUUCGGAGCUUGAAGAGUCCAUCAAUAACUUGAACUUGUCGUCGUCCCUCAUGAUCAGACCUAUAAUGGACCACAACGCGAAGGAGGCAAAAAUAAACAAACUUGUUGAGUUCAUACAAGCCAACCGCUUUCUCUUUGACCUUCCCAGCAGGUUGAUAGAACACCUUUGUAAUAGUGAUGAUGAAAGCUUCAUCAACGACUACCAAAAGUUCGUAACGGAAAAGGCCGAUCUUGCAGAGAAACAACAGAGAGCUAUUGCAGAUGCGGAAGACUCCAAGGAUUCCACUACACUCAGAUCUUUGGAAAUGACCCACGCUUUUCAGAACACUGUGUUAACUAGAGUAUACACUGAAGUGGCUAAGAUGGUCGACGAGUACCGCCAAAAAUGUCUCCAGGACCUAUUGUCCACGGAUCACGAAGUUAAUAAGACUAGCAAUCGGAAAUUGGCGCUGGACGUGAAAUUCAUCGAUAUUGUCGAUAGAUUGCACCGUGUUAGUAUGGAGGAGUCCAACACUGCUCCAAUUAGCCAAUUUCUCAAAUCGCAAUUGUUGAAAAUGGAAAGUGAGCUUACGUACGAGUGUGAAAAAUUCGAAACGCGCUUCUCACUGAUGCAGAAUAAGCUCAAGGAUUAUGUUUCCUCGCUUUCUCAACAGCGCCCCGAUGGAUCAUACGUCAGUCAUAUUGCUGAAAAGUUUGACAGCGUGGAAGAGUACUUCAGGGUUUCAUCCACAUACACCACACUGGAGAUCGACUACGAGACAAAAAUGGUGAUUCUCGAUAUCUUUGGCAAUAAUGAGAAUUUGGAUCUUUCCAUCAUCAAUGAAACUUGGUUGGUUUUGGCCAAUUUCAUAACGUAUAUUGAGAAGUUCUUCAAGGGCUCCAUGUCCAAAUUUGUGAAAAAUUAUGUGCAUUACUCAAAUUCAGAGUUUAACAUUGAUAACGAUGGCGAGCUCCAAGCCAAAUUCUUUCAAAUCGCAAGCGAUAUCAUUGAUAAGAUUAUGAACAUUUUUGACUGUGGAGAUCAUACAGAUCAGCUGAAAAUAACUCCCUCCAAUUACGUGGCUUUCCUUCCAUACCACACAAAUUCGUUAUCCGCGAUAUAUUACUUAAGUGCAAUUUCCAGGAGUUUCUGCAACCUUCUUACUCUCCUAGGAGAAUACACAACUAAGGUUGGAAACUCGACAAAAAGCUUCGACAUCAAUAAGUUCAUCAAAAUCCUCCGAGAAACUUCUUUAGCCUUUGAUCUGAGAGUUUUAGAGGCUAUCUGUGCUACAUGGGUUAAUGAUUGCUCUCAAUUUUUCGAUCUAGAAAAUUGGGCGAAGUACAAUAUUUUUGGUGAUAAAAACACGAAGAGCGUGAUCUACACUAAACUCAUGCAAAUAAUAUUUUAUUACGAAAUCUUUGUGCUUGAGAGAUUGGCCCAGUUGUUAAUUCGCAAGACAGAGUCCAACGAUUUUGAGGUGCGUAUUGUGUCCUCUUACCCCAGUAAACGGAUUUUGGUCAGCUUGGAAAUUCAAUUCAUGCGAAGCAUGAAUGUUUUGGUUGAGUCGAUUUUGAAAAAGUUUACAGCAAGGAGAUCUUUGUUGGCUGAUGAGGGCGAAACAGGAUACGAAACCGAAAAAUGUAUCUUUAAGGUAUUGACUAUGAACAACUUCACUGCCCUUGGGGAAUUCAUUUUCCCGAAACUCAUCAAAAAUUUUGAUGUCUUAUUUGAGAGCACGUUACUGAAGCAGUCCUUGAAGUUGUUUGCCGAUUUGGACAAGGUGAAAAUUACAAUCUUAGACGACAUAAACGAGAUUGAAAAAAUCUGGAUUGAAUCCAAAAUUGAUAAGCACUUCAGGUGUGUUGCAGCUUCCAACAUCUCACGCGAAGUCGAAGUGGACCCAUUCGUCUACAAUUGUCUUUUGCAUUUUGUCAAGCUCGUUCACGUUUUGAAGCCGAUCACCGAUACCAACACCUUUGUGGCUAUAAUUCAACAACUCCAGAGCCAUUUCUUGUCAAAAUUCUUGCAGUGUUUCAGGCAAGUUAUGGAACAGGAAAACAUAGAAGUUCUGAUUUUGGCCAAUGUCAAACUUGACCUCGACUUUUUCAUAGAGGUAUUCGAGGCCAGUGAAACUCUUAGGUUGGACGAUUUUUGUAUGAAUUUGGUGCAGAUUGCUUUUGCCGAAAUCCAGAAAGUUGAGAAUUUAUUUGCUGAUCUCCCUUACACUGCGCAAGAGAUUGAUCAUGAGCUAUUUAAGGCUCUAGAGUACAGUGACAAUGAGUUCACAUGCUUCCUUUGA